ACUGAGUGCUUUCUUAGAGACAUACUAUAGCUUGAUUUUAUUUUAUCUUUUUCUCCUACAAUGAAACAACUUUCUUUGAGUUUUCUGCAUUAUUUUACACUAUUGCUUUUAUGAUGAUAUGAUAUGAGUCGAGAACAACCCUCAACAUCUGCAUGUCUAAAGGAAGUUCAUAAAUAGAAAAAAAAGCUUUUCACUCUCCAGCAUGACGUCAGUCUUAAAAAACUAGACACACACAGUAGAUAUUCAACAUAAAACCACACAGGGUAACCAAUGAGAAAGGGAAGUCAUUAUAUUUAGCUCUACAGUGGCAACUUUUCCAACGACAUUUAAGCAGGCAGUGCUCAGCUUAUUGCCAUUUGAGGGUGAAACGGUUUAAUAAACAACAAAGACUUCUCUCAGCAUGUAAGUACAGAAUGUUUUAAUGUUCUACAGAAUGUUUCAUUUUCCAAAGGCUUACAGUUUAGUUUGAUAUCAUUAUGAGAUGAAAAAUAUGUUGGUAUUAUACUGUACAUAUGUGUAGUUAAGAUGGAAUGUUGCAAGUGAGCUUAAAUACUGUGAAAGGGAACCGGUACCAUACGUCAGAUCAAUGACUUGGAGUGGCUAUGAGUUGCUGUGAGUUGCAAUAAGUUGUACUUGUUUUCUUUGGAAAAACGGCUCUAUUGCCAAGUACACUGGGUUUGCUGAUGUGUGUGUCUUGGCACUGCUCUCUAUUGUAAACUCAUAUGUAAUGUAGGCUACUGGAGACUAAUUUAAGAUGGGCUGCUAUCAGCCAAGUGAAACUUUUGCUGUGGUUGUUAUAAGAGUGUUGGUGUAAAGUACUGAUCUAUCUAUCAGAACAUAACACAUCUACCAGCAAAUAGGGAAGAAGUAUUUUCUGUGACUGUGCGAUAUCCAAUACCAUACUAUACUGUCACUAAAUACUACCGUUUUAUAUUCAUCAUAUGUGUAUUUGUGUAGUAUAAUUGCAGGUUGACGUAGACAUGCACUUCUGUGAAGGAAACACAUGUUUGGUUGCAUUCCUUCUGUCUCUACCAGGUGUUCUAGAUUGCUGGAGUGUGACCUACACUCCUCAGAGUAUCUGUGCCAUGAGGGGAUCAUCAGUGACUAUGGGCUGCUCUUACUCAUAUCCAAAUAGAGUAACAGUGACUGAAACAUUUUGGCAUGAACAAGGGACAUGGGAAGAUUUAAGCAAGAAGGACAAAUAUAAGGAUCGUGUCAAGUUCCUUGGAAACACUGUGAAUAACUGCAGCAUGAAGAUGGAAGGUCUUAGAGAGAGUGACUCUGGAGAAUAUCAGUUUAAGUUUAUAACAAAUUAUUCCGGUGGGAGGUACUCUGGAAGUCCUGGGGUCACACUCUCAGUUUCCACUCUGCAGGUAGUGAUGAGUCCUCCCACAGUGACAGAGGGACAAAGGGUGACACUGACCUGCAACCACAUCCAACCAUGUCCUGCAAAUGCCAACCCCACCUACAUCUGGUACCAGGACAGAAAACUUGUUUCCAACCAACACACAAUGAGAGACAACCCUCUCAUCCUCAAUUCAGUCAGCAGCAAGGAUUCAGGCAAUUACUCCUGUGCUUUAAGUGGACACAAGGAUUAUCCAUCACCUGCAGUGACUCUCGUUGUGAGAUAUGCUCCAAGGAAUGUGUCAGUAUCACUGAGUCCCUCUGGUAACAUAGUGGAGGGUGAUUCAGUGACUCUGACCUGCAGCAGUGAUGCCAACCCACCAGCGACCACAUACACCUGGUUUAAGAUGAAAAGGGCUGAAACCUUUCAGAUGGAGGGAUCAGGAUGGAGAAACCAGAUCACUAAUAUUAGCUCUGAGUUCAGUGGGCAUUACCACUGUGAAGCAAAGAACGAUAUUGGAGCCAGUAAUUCUUCAGCAGUUCUGGUGGAUGUUCACUACCCCCCAAAGAACACUUCUGCAUCAUUCAGUCCCUCUGGUAACACAGUUGAUGGAGAUUCAGUGACUCUGACCUGCAGCAGUGAUGCCAACCCACCAGUGCACAACUGCACCUGGUACAAGAAGACUGGAAGUGACUCUAUUCUUAUAGCCACAUGGAAUAGUAGUAGCUUUCUGUUGGCCUCUGGAAAUGGUGGAUUGUACUAUUGUGUAGCACACAAUGAAUAUGGCAGUCAUAAGUCCUCUGAAAUUGAAGUGCCUUUUGCAGGUGUGCCAGGAGGACUGUUUGCCGUUUUGGGGAUUAUACCAGUAGUGGCUCUCAUAGUCGUGCUUGUGUUCGCGUGCAGAAGUAGGAGAGGAGCAUCCACCAAGAGCACCAGUGAGACGGUGGGUGAUGGGCAGAAGGAUGACGCCAGUCCUGUGUAUGAAAACACGUCUGCAGUGCCCAGGACCUCUGACCAGGCACAGAGAGUGCAGUUUUGCAGUCCCUCCUGUGUUGUCAAUCAAACUGAGGAUGAUGCUGUGAUCUACAGCAACAUCGACUAAUCCAGAAGUGGAACACAAUAUACCACAGUAUGUCUUAACUCAGUUUGAGGAUAUCAGCAGUGAGUGGCAUCAACAGCAUGGAGACAGGGGUGACUUGUACCAUCACAGGUGUGAGUUAAUUUAGAUUUGAAAAUGAAUGACAAGAGCCAUUUACUUGCUUUAUCCAACCCCUCUUUCAGUAUUGUACAAAUAUCAUUUUUCACCAGUCUACAGUAUGUGUCCCCUGGGUACCACAUGACCUUGGUGUUGUCAUCUUGAUCUCUUACUCUUGAGAUACAGGAACACACUUUUUAGUAAUUUUUCAAUUUCAUUCAUUUUGCCUUAUGCUUGAGUUAUAUUUUACUUAGUUGCAAUGCUUCUUGUUGGCUAUAUGUAGUUCAGCUGUCAUACACAAAAUACAUUCCUAUCUG